CCUUUUCGUCGAUAUUUUUUCGGAGCCAAAACUCAAUUUUUAUCAGUUUUCUAUGAGAACGUUGUUUUCGCGCUAUAAACAAACAGCCGUAUACAUUUUCUGUCCAAUCUAGUUGGCGGCAAAGCUUUCGUUUUCAAAUAUAAGUUGACUUUGUUUUAACACUACAUACAUACACAUUUGCUCAUUAUACUCAAGUGUUUAUACUGUACACACGCACACGCCGACUACUGAAAUGGCAGCGAACUACGACACUCAAGGGACCAGCACCAUCGUCAGCAAUUUCACACCUGCAGAUGGCAAAUCCCAAUCAAGUGCGCGUUCAUGUUUUCAAUCGUUUUGCGGCAAUGUAUUUGUUUUGUAAUUAAUUUUGUGGUGUUUUUAGAGAGCCCAAUGAAGGACGAAUCGUUCAGGAAGUUGCGAGAGACGUUUGUCAUUCAAGGCAAAAUCGGUUCUGGCACGUUUAGCAAGGUAUAUCUGGCCUACGCCAGAAGCGACCCCCAAAAACAGUGCUACGCCAUCAAGCACAUCAAGCAGACGACCCAUCCAGAGAAGUUAAGGCGUGAAAUCUUUUGCCUACUAAAAAUCGGGUUAGUAAACUAAAAUUAUUGUAUUCAAAUGUAUAUUAUUUAGAGCGAAUUGUGAUAUUUGUUUUAUUAUUAUAAUAUAUUAAUGCCAUACUCUAGUAUCAGUUUUGAGGUACCUACAUUAAUAUCCAUGUUAAUUGUAUUCAUAAUAUGACCUGAUUAUAAAUUUAAUUAAAAUAUUAAAAAGUUUUCGUUUUUGAAAAAUAUUUAUAUACAUUGUUCAAAAUCUAUUGUUUAUCUAUUCAUUUAAAUAUAUAAAAUAAUUUCAAAAUUCAAAUUAUACUACUGAAAUAUUUAUAAAGAAAUAUUUUUUUUAUUUUUCAGUGGACAAGAUAAUGUAAUGGGAUUAGUAACCUCUUUGCGAAUCAGAAGUUCUGUUUGCUUAGUAAUGCCUUACAUUAAACAUGACCAUCCAUUGGUAAUUAUUGUCCUUAUAUAAUCUAGAUAAAAUAUAAAACUAAAUCAUUAUAGUUUAAUAAAGUGUAAAUAUUUGCUGUUUUUCAGACUUAUCUUUGUUCAAUGGAUGCUAAUGAAUUACGUUUGUAUAUUAAAAAUUUAUUAAUUGCUUUGCAAAGAAUACACUCCUUUAAUAUCGUUCAUAGAGAUGUUAAACCUAGUAAUUUUUUGUACAAUCGUUCUACUUCAACGUAUGUAAUUUAGUUUGUUUUAUGACAAAGUAAUUAAAUAACUAAUAUGAUAUAUGUUUUAGUUUUAUGCUUACUGAUUUUGGACUUGCUCAUCCUAACAUCAACCCUACAAACAGGCAUAGGCAAAUCAAAAGCCUAUCUGAUAAUAAAACUGACCAGUCUUCUUAUAAACAAAACAAUUCAAAGUGCGACUUUAAUGACCUCAACGUGAGAUAUUUCAAAAUUAUAUACAAAAUUAAAAAUAAUGUGUUUAAAUAUAAUUUUAGAUUAACCGUAAGCGAUCAAGUUCAGCAGGAGCCCCGUGUAUGAAUUCAUGUAAAAAACGUAUUUUGCAAAACAUAGUGGAUGGACCUAAUUCUACACCUUACGGAUGCACCUUAAGAAAAAGAACCAAAUUAAUGAUGCCCAAGGAACCAUUAUUAAAGGAAAAUUCUCCUAUUAAAAAAGAAUUUGUUGUCCCUAAGAAUAAUAGUCCUAGUUGCUCAAGUGCCAUGAAUAAUAAUUUAUUUAAUGUUAGUAUAAUGUUUGUUUUUAUAACUUAUAAGUUUAUAAUAUUAAUUGUUUGAUUUAUUUUAUUUAUUCUAAUACAAAUAGGAGAAAUCUAGUUUUGCCAUUCCAAAAGUGCCACGUUUAACAUGUGACUGUGUAGGGAAAUUGAAAGUAUGCAAUGUUUGUAUAAAAAGACCUGAAAUGAAAGCUCCUCGAGCUGGAACACCUGGAUUUCGAGCUCCAGAAGUUCUUUUAAAAUACAAAUACCAAAACACUGGUAAGUGGUAAUUAUAUCCAAUUAAACAAUUAUACAUUGAUUAUAGUAGUUAUUAUGUAAAUAAAAAAAUAAUUUUUUCCGUUUUUAAACUUGAAACUGAUUAUAAAUAUGAUUUAAAUAAGAUCUAAAUAUUAUUUUUAUACUAAAAUUUAAGACAGUAAAUCAAAUAGUGGUUAUUUUACAUAUUUCAUCUACAUCAUUUAAUGUAAUUAUCAUCUUAUCAAUGGUCGUAUUAUAUUUUUGAUCAUAUUUUUAUUUAAACAAAAUUUUUAGUAUAAAAUCACACUUGAAAUACUAUUUUGAUCCUCUUAAAUUUAAAUUUCUUUGAAGUUUUGGAAAGUAUAUAAUUUAAUUAUAAUUUAUUAAUUACAUUAUUACCUUAGUGGAUUAAUAAAAAACUGCAUUUUUAAAUACAUAAUAUAAAAUGUUAAAAACAUUUCAAAUGUAGGUUGAUUUUUUUAAAUCUUUAUUUGUAUUUUCUGUAUCUUACUAAAUUUUGUUUCACAAUAUUAACCCCGUUUUGAAUUUUCUAGCUCUUGAUAUUUGGUCUGUUGGAGUAAUUAUGCUGGAAGCCAUGAGCCGUUGCUAUCCAUUUUUUAGUGCUGAAAAUGAUUCUACGUGUUUGGCUGAAAUGAUAACUGUUUUCGGGGAUCGUGCUAUUAAAAAUGUAGCUAAAAUGUUAGGUAAGUGUUAAAAUACUACAAAGUAUAAAUACAUUUUAUCUAAUUAUUUAUAAUUUUUAUUUUGUAUUAGGUCGUAAUGUUAUUUGUGAAGUUCAAAAACCUCCAUUAGAUCUCCGAGCAAUAUGUCGUCUUUUAUGCCAUCGAUCUAGUGUACCGAAUUUAAACUCAGCUGGUGUUUCUUCAAGCAAUGGGUUGGAUACAUGCAAUAAUUGUUUGAAACCUAUUCAAUUAUCUGGCUGUGAAGUAUUUUCAGAUAGUUGUAGUUGUUACUUAAAUGUUACUGAUGAUUUUCCAUAUCCUGCCUAUGAUCUCUUAAAAAAACUAUUAUGUUUGAAUCCAGUAGAGCGAAUAACUGCAGAUGUUGCAUUAAAACAUCCAUUUUUUAAAAUGGAUGAAAAGAAAAGUUAAUUUUUUUUAAAUUCAUUUAAAUUGUUGUUAUUUAUUAAUCACAAUUUCUAUUUAUUUGUAUUGUGUUAUAAAUUUAAUUUAAUGGAAUAUUUAAAUCCUUUUCCGUGUUAAAUUGUUUAUGCACUCUUCAAAUUUACUAUUGAAUUCCAUUUUUAUUCUUAAUACUUUAAUUAUUAAACUAAUUUGAUACAAAAUGUAUAGAAACAUAAUUCUAAAACUUUUUAAAAUUUAUAUUGCAGUCAAUAUUGACAUUUUGUUUGUUUAUUUAUUCUUAAUUUUUAUUUAUAAUCCUGGUAUUAUUAUUAUAAUUGUAAUGUUUAAUUGUUAUUUGUAUUAUUAUCAGUUUUUUUUUUUGUGAUGAAUUUAAAUACUUUUUUUAUAAAUAUUUUCAAAUUAUAAACUUUCUAGUCAGACUAUUAAUCUAUGUAUUAUUAAUUUACAAAAUACUUAAUCUAUAAUAUUUAAAUUAGUAUGAAAUACAUUGAGUACUUCUGUAAAAACAUAAGUUCUUUGAACAAUUUUUAAGUAUAAAUUUUAAAGUUGAAAUGUUCUAAUUGAACACUUAACUGAAGUAUUAUUUAUAAAAAAACUUGUUAUAAGAAAAUUUGUAGCAAAGAAUUGUGUUUUUUACUUAAUAUAUUUUUUUACAUAGAAAUAUUGUUAGUUUUUUACUUUUUGUAAAAUGAAUUUGUAAUUCAACUAAAUUUGAAUUUUUGAUAUAUUCUGUAAAUCAAAAUAAAACUUAGGCAGCCAAUAUUUGGUUAAUUUUUUACAUCUAAGUGUAUUAACUGUAUUUUUCUCUGGUGAGAAUAUAUUUUUAAUUUUAUAUUUUUUCUGUUCUAAGUUUUUUAACAGUUUUAUAAUUUUAGUCAUGUUUUUUUUUAAUAUUAUGAAUAAUUAUAUUUCAAUCAAAAUUAUAAUUAUACUCUUAAAAGCUCACUAAUAUUAAUAACUAAUUUAUAAAUGUGAAUAAUUUUUGAUUCGAUUGUAUGUAUGACUUCCUGAAACAUUUGUUAUUUGUGUUAUAUUAUGUUAAUGUAUGCCUAAUUAUCAUAUGUGUGGGAGAGAAGUUGAUUAGACAAUUGAGAUAGCAAUUUUUGGUAUUAUUUUUCAUGUUAUGUAGAUGUAUUAAUUACUGUAUAUUAUUAAAUUAAAUUAGAUAAUGCGGUGUUUCUAGUCCAUUUAAAUAUGAAAACUAUUUUUAAAAUUCAGGGAUGUUAAAAAUUAACUCUUUUAUGUGUUCAAUAGGUACGGUUUUAAAAUACUGUUUUAAGUAUUAAGUCUUUAUUUAUACACUUUGAAAUUAUGGGACUGGUUUUUAAUAGAUUAUUUCAAUAUAGGAAACCCUAUAUAUAAUAAUAUAACAACCCUGAAUUUAUAUCGAAUGAACUGAUUUUUUAAAACUUUUUUACUGCCUUUGUAAUAAUGUAAUAAAAAUGUUUUGUUUCUUUUUUGUAUGUAGCAAACAUUCUGUAUUUUAUGACAAUUAUAUGGGAUUUGUGUUUAAGAUAAGGGUUAUUUUUAAAAUUAAAAGACUGUUAAAUUUAAAUGUAAUAAUUUCUUAUUGUUUUGAGGUGUGGUUAUUUUUGUUUCGUUGUCAUAAUAACAAUGUUAAACAAUGUAGUUCCGUUGUUAUAGAAAGUUCAAUGAUGUAUCGCACAUUUUAUACUUAUUAUAUAAUACAUUAAUGUACCUACCUAUAGUUAAUUUUUAGUUAAUUUUUUUUUAUGAUUAAAUAAUAUUUGAACUCAAUCCAAGAAACUAACAUUACUUUGAAAUGUAUUAAACUUGUUUUAUAAGUUAUAAUAAGUACC